GAAAUCUUUCUUCUCAUGAAGACUCCAGUCUCAACGAGAAUCAAACAAAACCCUCGGUUUCACUUUUCAGCACCAAAAUGAACCUCCAACUCGCCACAGCCCUAACCUUCCUCACCCUGGCCCUAGCCAUGCCUGCUCCCGAGGCAGAGCCAGAAAACCCCAUGCCCGUCCCCAUCGCCAACCCCAUCGAAAACGAAAAUGAGCCCCGCGACAUCCGGCCUGCAGCUCUGGGUCUCGAAAAACGCGCCAGAGUCAGCUGCAAGAUCGUCAACACCGAUUCGGCUGCCGUGAACUGUCGUUACAAGCCUAGUCUGUCUUCGUCUGUUAUCGCGCGUAUACCUAGAGGGUCUACGCAUACCUUCUAUUGCUAUAAGAGGGGGGAUUGCUAUAAUGGUAACUGUACCUGGGAUCAAAUGUUUUACAGAGAGCAAAUCUGUUAUAUCAAUGGAUAUUACACUGGUAGCAGCUGCACUGCUAAGGCUCUCGGGGUGUGCUAGGUGGAGCCCUGGACCCAGAUAUAUAUGUAUAUAAUGCUAGGAAGUUGGACCUGGCAAGCGCGGAUCAUCAAGCCAAAGUCCAAAACGAAAGAGAGGUAAUAACAGAAAUUUUGAUAUUGGGAUGUGUUCCUGAAGCGAAGAGACAUCAUCGAACAUACCUAACCGUAUAUAUCUAUUCCAAUAAAAAGUUCAAUCAACCCUG